AUGACCACCCGGGUGUUGCGACCCCAUAACUUCCUCGAAGCGCCCAUCCCCGCCCUCGCCCCCCGCCGGAAACCCAGUCCGGUCUCCCACCGCCGGCCUCCGCCGGAGGGCAGGAAGCAGCGCGAGCGGUGGGCGAAGCCGACCAAGAGAGCCGACUCCGCCGGCGGAGACCGCCGGAUGGGCAGGAAAGGCUGCGAGAUGCCGAAGAGGGGAGAGGCAGCGGCGCAGGUGUACGCAGGGACGGGCUUCUCGAACUCGCCCUCCCCGAGCGCGCUGCCGCUGCCGAGGUUCUCCUUGAAGAAGGACGCGCCGGCGGUGGGGGAGUACUUGGCCACCGUGGCGCUGAGGCGAAUGCUUCGGCUGGAGUAG